CAAAGUAUAGAGAUGGGUUCAAUAUCACGAAUUGUAUCGAUGUCGAGAAAGAUAAUAAAGCCCUCUUCUGCUACUCCUCCUUCACAUAAACGUCACAAUCUAUCAUUGCUUGAUUGUUAUGCUAAUAAUGAGUAUGCUUCAUCAGUCAUGUUCUACCCUAAACCAACAAUCCCUUCUAAUAACAUAUCUCAACUUCUUCAGAAAUCCCUCUCAAAAGCAUUGACAUAUUACUAUCCCUUUGCUGGGAUGUUAAAAGACAAUACCUAUGUUGAUUGCAAUGACAGGGGAGCUGAGUUCUUGAAUGUUCGUGUCGAUGGUCGUAUGUCUGACGUUAUCAAUUCAUGUGAUAAUGAUAGGAGUGGUAAAAAUUGUGUAUUUCCACAAGGAUUGUGUUUUGGAAAUACUAGUGAUUCUUUUGAUGGUAGAUUAGCAAUGACUCAACUUACUCAUUUCGAUUGUGGUGGAAUAGCAGUCAGCUUUUGCUUCUCUCACAAGAUUGUCGAUGGAUAUAGUGCUGGCAAAUUUAUGAGUGACUGGGCUGCUAUUGCUAAAGACCCGAAUCAUCAUGCAAUAACAUAUCCUCAAUUCGAUGGAGCCUCCUUUUUCCCACCUGGUAUUCAUGAUGCUGGCACAUCAGAGGUGAACAGCUUACCAGAGGAAGGACUAGUACAACAACGUUUCGUGACUAGAAGGUAUCUUUUCUCUGCUUCAAAAUUGAACACUCUCAAGGCAAAAAUUGUUGAUUCAGGAUCAGGAAUAGUAGGAAAUCCUAGCAGGAUUGAAAGUGUAUCUGCACUUCUUUACAAAUCAGCAGCUGCAAAUAGGAAUAAUACAUCAUUUCGACCAUCAACGUUCACACUAUUUGCAAACAUGCGUCCACCAUUACCUCUCAACACUAUUGGAAAUGCUCCCGGUUAUAUUUCCACAUCAAUAGAAGAGGAAGUAGAUAUGCAGCUACCAAGGAUCGUUGCUGAACUAAGGAAAGGGAAAGAAAAACUCCGGAACAGAUUCAAUACCGUUGAUCCUAACAAAUUGGUGUUUGAAUCAUUUGAAUUAAUGAAAGAAGUGGGACAAGUAUAUAACAGAGAAGGUUUUGAUAUCUAUAGAUGCAGCAGUUUAUGCAACUUCCCCUUCUAUGGCAUAGAUUUUGGAUGGGGUACGCCACAAAGAGUCGCCUUUUUAAUUCCUCCCUGCAACUUCUUUGUUCUGUUGGAUAAUCAAAACCGCGAUGGAGGAGUGGAAGCGCUUGUGACGUUAGAAGAAAGUGAAAUGACUGUCUUCCAACAAGACCAACAAAUCCUUCAGUUUGCUCGCCCAAUAUAGUAUUUUGGAGUCACAAAAGGGCAACAAAAAUAAGUUUGAAACCGAAAGGAUAACAUUUAAACUGUAGGGUAGACAAUGUCCAAAUUAAGGUAGUAAGGUGCAUGACGACUUACAAGUCGUAGGACUGGUGUAAUUAUUCUGUCCUGCACCUUGAUACCUUAAUUUAGAUACCGUAUAUAUAUCCUACCGUUUAAAUGUUAAUUCUCAAACUUAUUUUUGUUGCCCUUGUAAAUUUUCGGUCGUUUUUUUAGUUUCAGUUCUGUUUUUCACCCUCUUUAAACCCAAAAAAAUUCAAAGGUCCCAUUUUUAAAUGUUUAUUUACAUGUUAAAACUUUUAUUUUUCGAACCCCCACUCAAAAUGGUCGAACGGAUGUCGAGUGAGUUUUUUACUUUUGAAGAUUUUGACGUUAUUAAGUUUGACGAAAACCAGCAUUUCUAGUAAACGAUCUCGAAAUCAAAAUUUUGACAGUUUCUCUUGGUCCGAAAAGUGAUUUUUGAGUUGGUUGUACAGUUGAUUUGGGUUCAGAGGCAUUUUGACAAUUUCGCAUUGAGUGUUUGCCUGAUAUUUAAUAUAGAAUCUAAACUCGUUCAUCAAUCAAUUCUAAAAAUUAUCACAAGGAUUCGAACUGGUCAUGUAAAGACAUGAAAGCAGAGCUGAAACUAAAAAAAACGUGAAAAACAGAACUGAAACAAAAAAAAAACUGUCACAAGGAUUCAUACUGGUGACGUGAAAAUUAAUUUCAGGGGGACUUGCUAUUGCGCUAUCAUUUCUCCUUAUAAUUGAAGGGGUUCAAUAUACAGAAAAUUUACGUUAUAUAUAUCGUGUAAUUUUUAAUCGAAGAGAUUCAGGUGAAUCCCCUGGAACCCAC